AUGGUAACACACCCCGCAAAGGAGCAGAGCUUAUCCUUGCCACCACAGCACCUGCAAAAGCACAAGUGGGUCUCCUUCCUAAGUUCUAAAAUGGCUUCUGGACGGUCCAGAGGUUUUUUUAACCACUUAACCUAUUUUCUGGCUGCUGGUGCUGUUACUUUGGGAAUUGGUUUCUUUGCUUUGGCAUCAGCCUUGUGGUUCCUGAUUUGCAAACGAAGAGAAAUAUUUCAAGACUCUAAAUUUAAAGCAGUUGAUGAGAGAUGCAGACAAAGACCAUCAAAGGCGAAGAUUAAAUCUCAUCCUCAGUGUGUUUUUAUUUCUCGUAAUUUUCAUACUGGAAGAUUCCAAUCACAGGAGGAGCAAAGAAAAAAGGAGACAGCAUGUAUAAAAGCAAAUAAUGUUUAUUCUAAAGAUGAUUUCUGCCUUGCAACGAAAAAAGUCAUUUGUGACCCCUCAGAGUCUAGCUCGGCAACAAAUCCCAGCAGUGUUACCUUAAGCUUAUCAACAUUACCAUCUGAUUUUUAUUACAGCCAAAGUGUAGAAAUAGCUGAUGACUGGUAUUCUGAUGAUUCUCAAAUGAAAAAGAGCCCUCCGAUGCCUUUUCUCGAGGAGCCUCUAAUGGAAAAAGUAUUUUCAUACUUGACAACCAUUCCAUUAGAGCAAUGUACUGAAAAUGUACUAAAUACGACACUUUGUGAUGAUCAAAAAGAUGAUAACCUUAAGGAAGUAUUUACACGAAGAAAUACAGAGGUUGAAAUACAAAACCUUCAACAUAAUACUGAAUGA